AUGGUGAUCUAUACACCUUCCCGCUCUGACGCUGAAGGUGAAAGAGAGCCUGUCAAUCUUCAAGUUCUUUACUUCUCCAAUGAGCUCCCUCACGAUGGCCUGCAUACCCUCUUUCGGAACCUGCACCGUCACAGUAAGGAUCGAAGACAUCCUCUCCUCGCCCGCUUCCUCGAGGAAGCCACCCUCGCUCUUCACGAGGAGGUGUGGGACUUGUCCGCCAGCCUAAAUCAACUGGUGCCCCCUUUUGAGUCGAUCCUCAACUUCGCCGCCUUUACCGACCUGCGUCAAGGUCCUCUGUGUGGUUCGGUGGAGGGCGUUCUUCUCUGUACAGUUCAGCUAGGAACCUUGAUCGGAUACUAUGAGCGGUAUCCGGAAGCCUUCAAUCAUGAUAGAAUGAACACGGUGCUGACCGGCCUCGGAACGGGCCUUCUGUCUACUGCUGCCCUUUCGUUGGCUCCCACAGUGGCGGAUCUUCCCUUAUCCGCCGCACAAGUGGUCCGGCAGGCUUUCCGUCUGGGAAUCCUGGUCGACGAGGUCUCUCAAAAUCUGCAGCUUCGCGACACGACGAGCACCGGCACGCCAGACUCUUGGGCGUAUGUGAUACCCGGGGUCACCGCCGAGGAGAUCCAGCAAGACCUUGACUUACUCCAGGACCAGACUCCCGACACCAGCAAGGUCUUCAUCAGCGCGGCGAGUGCAUCGUCGGUCACGGUCAGUGGUCCGCCAGCCCGGCUGAAGGAACUCUUCCGUACGUCCUACGUCUUCAGCAACCGCAAAUACGUGCAGUUGCCAGUGUAUGGAGGCCUGUGCCACGCGAGUCGGGUCUACCACGAAGAGGACGUGCAUCGUGUCGUUCGGACGCUGUCGAUGGCGACCCUCGACGCCCGGACCGGGCCGCGCAUCCCAAUCUUGGCUACGAGCACAGGGAAGCCCUUCGAAGGCAAGAACGCGACGGAUAUGUUCGAGCACAUCAUCCACGAAAUACUCACACGGAGAAUCCAGUGGGGGGAGGUCGUCCGGGGCGUCGUGCAGCAGGCAGAAGGCAUGGGAGCGGUGCAAUGCCACUUGGUGGUCUUCCAGAAUUCGCUCCCCAGCCAUGACCUAAUGGCGGCCCUGAAGGAAAUUGAACCGGCCAUUGAGGUCUCGACAGAGGAGAUCAUUUCCCGGUUGCACGGGAACCAAAACCUAGCGGACGAUCUCGGGCCUCGAGGUCCCCUUCAAUCCAAGAUCGCCAUUGUGGGCAUGGCUUGCCGGUUGCCGGGAGGGGCGACCGACACUGAAACGUUCUGGGAGCUGCUGGAAAGCGGGCUUGAUGUACAUCGCAAGAUCCCAGCUGACCGCUUCAAUGUCGAGACGCACUAUGAUCCAAGCCAAAAGAGGCUGAAUUGCAGCUGGACCCCCUAUGGGUGCUUUAUCGACGAGCCGGGCUUGUUUGAUGCUCCCUUCUUCAAUAUGUCUCCGCGGGAGGCCGAGCAGACGGAUCCAAUGCAGCGCCUCGCCCUGGUGACUGCCUAUGAGGCGCUGGAGAGAGCUGGUUAUGUCGCCAACCGCACAGCAUCGACCAGGUUGCACCGCAUUGGAACCUUCUAUGGCCAAGCAAGCGAUGACUAUCGGGAAGUCAACACGGCGCAGGAGAUCAGCACGUAUUUUAUUCCCGGUGGAUGCCGAGCGUUUGGCCCUGGGCGUAUCAACUAUUUCUUCAAGUUUGCCGGGCCAAGCUUUAGUAUAGAUACCGCCUGCUCCUCGAGCUUGGCCACCAUCCAGGCUGCCUGUACCUCGCUGUGCAAUGGGGAAACGGACAUGAUCGUGGCUGGUGGGAUGAAUGUGUUGACCAACUCAGACGCGUUUGCUGGCCUCAGCAACGGCCAUUUCCUGUCCAAAGGCCCAAAUGCCUGCAAGACAUGGGACUGCGAGGCGGACGGUUACUGCCGCGCUGAUGCAGUGGCAUCCAUUGUGCUGAAACGCCUAGAUGAUGCCGAGGCAGACAAUGACAAUAUUCUGGGGGUCAUCGUGGGCGCGGGCACCAAUCAUUCUGCUGAGGCUGUCUCCAUCACGCAUCCUCAUACCGGCCACCAGGCAGAUCUGAGUCGGCUAGUGUUGAACCGCGCCGGGGUCGAUCCCCUGGAUGUUAGCUUCGUGGAGAUGCAUGGCACUGGCACACAAGCCGGUGACAUGGAGGAGAUCCAAUCUGUGAUGAAUGUGUUUGCACCACUCACCAAGCACCGGAGUGUGAAGAACCCCCUGUAUAUUGGAGCUGUUAAGUCUAAUAUUGGCCACAGUGAGGCUGCAGCUGGAGUGACUGCGCUGAUGAAGGUGCUACUAAUGAUGCAGAAGAAUGUAAUUCCACAGCAUGUUGGUAUUAAGAAUACACUCAACCCCAAGUUCCCCAAGGACAUGGAGGCGCGGAACAUCCACAUCCCGUACACAAAGACCGACUGGCCGCGCCCGGCCGGGAAGAGGCGCCUGGCGGUCAUAAACAACUUCAGCGCGGCCGGAGGCAACACGAGCGUGGUAAUCGAGGACGGGCCAGUGCCCAUCAGAGUCGGGACAGACUCCCGUCCCAUGCAUGUCGUUUCUGUCGGGGCUAAGAGCAAAGUUUCCCUCCGCGGCAAUAUUGAGCGGCUGCUAGCAUAUCUCGAACAGCACCCCGAUGUCGCCCUGGCUGAUCUUUCCUAUACUACUACCGCUCGCCGUUACCACCAUAAUCACCGUGUGGCCAUUGCGGCUGCAGAUAUCGGGCAGGUGCGAAAGCAACUGUCGUCUGCUCUGGCUACUGUUGAUUUACACAGGCCAGUCUCCAUGAUGGAGCCACCCCCCAUCGCCUUUGCGUUCACUGGCCAGGGAGCAUCUUUUAAAUCCUACAAUCUUGAGCUGUUCCAUCAGGCACCAUACUUCCGUGCCCAGAUCCUGCAGCUCGAUGCCAUUGCCCAACGCCAGGGAUUCCCAUCCUUCCUCUCCGUUUUAGACGGAAGUCCUCAGAACCAUCUCCAUUCCCCAGUCACCACGCAGCUGGCGCAGAUCUGCACACAGAUUGCACUAGCCCGAUAUUGGGCUACGCUGGGCGUGAAACCGGAUGUGCUUAUUGGGCACAGUCUAGGUGAGUACGCUGCUCUGCAAGUUGCUGGUGUCCUGUCUGCCAGUGAUGUGAUUUUUAUAGUCGGCAACCGGGCCCGGAUGUUGGAGCAAAGAUGUCAGGUUGGCAGUCACAAGAUGGUGGCUGUGCGCGGCUCCGUGGAGCAGAUCCAGCAGAUUGCUGGCGGCCGUCCAUACGAGAUUGCGUGCAUCAAUGGGCCCACAGACACGGUGCUGAGCGGCACAGUAGGCGAGAUGGAUGGCUUGCUCCCAAUCCUAGAGCAAGCUGGAUACAAGUGUUUCGGUCUGGAUGUUGCCUUUGCGUUCCACUCAGCCCAAGUAGAUCCCAUCCUAGAUGACUUUGAGGCGCUUAUUACCAGUGGCGUUCUCUUCCAACCCCCGCAAAUCCCAGUCAUCUCUCCCCUCCUUACCAAGGUGGUCUUUGAUGACAAGUCCAUUAAUGCCACGUACAUGCAGCGUGCAAUCCGCGAGGUGGUAAACUUCCGGUCUGCCUUGGAGGCAGCGUACGAGAUGGGUGCCAUUAAUGACGAGACGGCAUGGAUUGAGAUCGGGCCGCAUCCAGUCUGCAUGGGCUUCGUCCGGGCGACGCUGACGUCCAGAGUCCCCGCAACUGUGGCGUCUUUGCGGCGCGGAGAGAAUAACUGGAUCGCCCUAGCGCAGAGUCUGGCCACGCUGCAUUGUGCGGGGGUUCCGAUUGCCUGGAACGAGUUCCACCGGCCGUUUGAGCCAGCACUCCGACUUCUUGACCUGCCGUCAUACGCCUGGAACGACAAGACCUACUGGAUCCAGUACAAGGGUGACUGGGCGCUCACCAAAGGGAACAUCUUGUACGACGCAGAAAAGGGGCUCUGCGGGCCCCGCGGAAACCCAGUGAAGUGCAAAUCCAGCCUCAGCACGUCGACAGUCCACCGGAUUGUGGAUGAGAGCUUUAUCGGCGCGGCGGGCACCGUGGUGAUGCAGGCGGAUCUGAUGCAAGCGGAUUUCCGGGCGGCCGCGUGGGGACAUAAGAUGAACAACUGCGGCGUGGUGACUUCGUCCAUUCACGCUGACAUUGCAUACACCCUGGGCGGGUACCUCUACAAGAAGCUCCAGCCCCGUUGCACCGAAGUGCACAUGAAUAUCGCCAACCUCGAGGUGCUAAAAGCUCUCGUGGCGAAUAACAAACCGGACAAGCCCCAGCUCAUCCAAGUGUCAGUGUCGACGACUGACAGCCAUACCGCGCACAUGAAAUGGUUCAAUGUGCAGCCCAACGGCGCAGUACAGGAGCCCUUCGCCAGCGCGACCCUCAUCUAUGGGGCCCCCGGCGACUGGCUCGCCUCGUGGGCACCACUCGCCCAUCUCGUGCAGGGGCGCAUUGAGCAGCUGAACCAGCUCGCCAGCAAGGGUAUUGCCACGCGCUUCAGCCACAAGAUGGCAUACCAGCUCUUUGCAAACAGCCUCGUGGACUACGCGUCCAAGUACCGCGGCAUGCAGUCUGUUGUGCUCCACGAGCUGGAGGCGUACGCAGAUGUGCAGCUCUCGCGCGAGCAGGGCGGGUCCUGGACCGUGCCUCCAUACUUCAUCGACAGCGUGGCCCACCUUGCCGGGUUCAUCAUGAAUGUCUCGGAUGCCGUCGACACCAAGAACUACUUCUGUGUCACGCCCGGCUGGCGGUCGAUGCGCUUCGCCAGACCACUGGUUGCCGGUAACAAGUAUCAGUCAUACGUCAAGAUGAUUCCUACCGCCGACGAUAGCUCCAUCUACCUGGGCGACGUCUACGUGCUGCAAGACGGAGUGAUCGUGGGCACAGUGGGCGGCAUCCAAUUCCGCCGGUAUCCGCGCAUCCUGCUGAGCCGGUUCUUCUCCGCACCAGAUGAUCCGAGUGCGCCGCCGGUUACCACGGCGGCGCCAGCGGUGGCACAGGUCCCCGCUGUGGUGCCCAGGGCGACCACCAGCGCCACGCAGCAGGCUCCUGCAGCUCGCGCUCCUCGGUCUCUUCUGCCCUAUAAUCCUGCUCCGCUCCCCACUCCUCCCGCAGCCACAGGUCCCACCCAGUCCCCUCUAGCCGAACAGGCCGACGCCAUCACGACAAGUGCCUUACAGAUCAUCGCCGAUGAAGCGGGGCUAGAACUAGCUGACCUGACGAAUGAUCGCGACUUCGCGGGCCUGGGCAUCGACUCUCUCAUGAGCCUCGUGAUUGCUGAGAAGUUCCGGGAGCAGCUGCGCGUGGUGGUGUCGGGCAGUCUGUUCCUCGAGUAUCCGACGAUUGGAGACUUACGGUCUUGGCUGGAAGAGUAUUAUAGUUGA